CCGCGUCACCGCCGCACGUUGCAAUCACGGAAUCGGACGAGUUCAAAGAGGAGAAUACUAAGAUCAGUGGUGACAGAAGCAGGAGUUGCGUGGGGAGAGGCAUGGAGGCCUUGCUCCUUUCUGAACCCAACAGGGCUACACAAGAGCAAGAGGAGGUGGGGAUGACUAUGGAAGACUACAUCGUACUUGCUGACAUUCCGACAAUCCAGGUGGAGUCAGAAGAAGACUUUCCCGGUCUGAGGAGGAGGAACCAGAGUCCCAGUCCUUGUAGAGACCAAAGGUUCCGGACUCAAAGUUGGAAGUUUGAGUUGGACGAGAGAGGCCGAGGCGGAGAGCGAGGGAGAGACAGGAGAGAGAAGAAGGACUCCGAGAAUGGUCCGUUAUCACGAAGACCGUCGAACGCGUCUCUACAUAAACAGGAGCAUAGAUCUGCAAACGUGAAGGAGCGAGGGCUUCCCGACUGUCCACAGACAAAGAUGCUGCCAUUUUGAAGGGAUGGAUGUCUCGACUUGAUGAAAACAACAAGUGGAGGAACCACUGGUUUGUUCUGAGUGACGCGUCGCUGAAGUAUUACAGAGACGCCGAGGCUGAGGAGUCAGAUGAUGCGGACGGCGAGCUUGACCUGUCCGCUUGUGUCACUGUGUCAGACUGGGAUGUGGAAAACAACUUCGGCCUCCAAAUUCAAACAAAGAGGGCAGUAUUCACUCUCUCUGCAGUGACCUCUGGAUUGCGGUGGAACUGGGUGACGUUGCUGAAGCAGGCCAUUCAGAACAACAUGCACCAAUCAGAAAGCGCCAGCGAGAAAGAGAACCCCCUCUCCCGCGGCCCGUCGUCACGCCGACCGGCCGCUCGCUCCCCUCGAGCCGAAGGUCGACACCCAGCGGCGGACGUGGACGUGCACGCGGAGGUGAGCUCGGGCCUGGACGGAAAAGAAGAACGGGAGGAGGGCCGGGACCGCGAUUGGGCUCAGCGGCUGGAGGAGAGGAACAGGUGGUUCGAGGACGGUGUCCCCAUCGGCGAGAUGGGCAGCAGGUGGGACUGCAUGCGGCUGAAGAGGGGGAGUGUCCCCGUGCCUGUCAUUGACACCACGGAGUCAGAGGUCAGCAGGAAGUGGACGGAAUUCGAGCGCCUGUCAUUUAGGGACAUGAGCGCGCGGUCGCUCAUCGGAACCCAGGCGUAUCUAACGAGCACGCGGCAGGCCUCCGAUUCCCGCGUUGGCACCCAGACCCGUCAGUCGAGCCCUGACGAGGAUGGAGCGUUUGCCACCGCUUCGCCAGCUGACAGCGCAAAGGAGGCUCCCGCAACUGUAAACGGGUCGCCCACCGCUCACACAAACACAGCCGAGGCCCUUCAAAAGGAGGCCCUGUCCCUUGAAAAGCAAACAGAGAGCGUUAAGAGAGAGCGCGCAGCCAUGGCGAUAAAAGUGGACAGCCCGUGUGGACCCGGGGCCCCCUGCGGGGCCCGGCUCGAGGCCGUGGAAGCGGCCCAUCGGAAAGAAGUGCUGGAGCUGCGGGAGAAACACGAGAGGGAGAUCAGCGAGUCGGAGGGACAAAGGGACAGGAUGCUGGAGGAGGAGCGGCAAUCUUCUGCUAGAGUCAUGGAGGCUCUGAGAGCUUCCCACAGAGAAGAGCUGGAGAAGGCCAGGAGAGCGCCUGGAGGGGACGCGCACAUGGAAGCAUCUCAUCGAGGGCACAUCCCGCCGGUGGACGUGUGGCACCGUGAUUUGGAUGUCUUACGUGAACGUUCCUCUGAGAAACGUCUGCAGUUGAGCCUCAGCGAGCAGAGCAGCCAAAGAAGAGAAAGUGAUCUUGAAUGCAAAGACAGCGACUUGCGACAGCUUUGGAGAGAGAACCAGGAGCUUAAAGCCAAGCUGGCGCAAGAGAUUAGCCGCAUGCGUUAUUUCAUCACAGGACAGAGGCCAGGCGUGCUUUCCCUCGGCAACGUGGCAUCAGAAGUUGAGGAGAAGGAGGCAGCCUAUGAUCGCUACAAGGAGGUUUAUGGCGAGCUAAGUGACUUGAAGGGCCGAAGCGGGUUGGAGAUGGUGUCUCUCAAUCAACACCUGCGAUUGGUCAACGCUGCACGACAGGAGAGCGCAACGGAAGCCUGUGACCAAUGAAGAUAACUAGUAGAAGUCCC